AUGGGGCCUUCCAAGUCCUCAAAGCGCAAACUACCCUUCUCGGGCCUCCAACGCCGUGUGCGCGCACGCAAGGAAGAGCCCGAACCUGAAGAAAUCAUCGAAUCCUCCGAAGGAAGCGAAGACGAGGACGAAGACGCCAGCGAUAACGAAGACGAGUCGCAGUCCGACGCGUCCUCAGACGAGGACGAAUACAAGGAAGAUGCAGAGCCAACUCUAGACCCUUCACAAAUAUCCUUUGGUGAACUAGCCAAAGUCCAAGCCUCCCUCCCGCCGCGAAAAGGCCGCCGCAAAACCGCCCCCUCCGACUCUGGCUCUGGCUCUGGCUCCGAGUCCGGCGCAGACGCAGACGAAGCAGAAGCCACAACCACGUACGGCUAUGAUCCCAAGCGUACCUUCAAGCCUGUACAAGGCCGCAGCUCCAAACAUGCCCCUGCCGAGCAAACCUCCAAACGCGCCGUGACGCGCAAGCGCGAAGUAGUGCCCGUCCACAAGCCCACAGCGCGAGACCCGCGUUUCGGCCCCCUAGGAGCCCAUGGCCCUCCCAGCGAAGACGCCGUGCGGAAAAACUACUCUUUCCUGUCCGAGUACCGAGACGCGGAAAUAGCGACGCUGCGGGCGACCAUCAAGAAAACGAAGGACCCGCGGGCGAAGGAGGAACUGCAAAGGGCGCUGAUCUCGAUGCAGAGCAAGAAGCUUGCGCAGCAGCGGAAGGACGAGGCGCGGGCGGUGCUCGAGGAGCAUCGGAAGCAGGAGAAGGAGGCGGUAAAGCAGGGGAAGAAGCCAUUCUACCUCAAGAAGGCGGAACAGAAGAAGCAGGUGCUUGUUAAGCGGUUCGAGGGGCUUAAGAAGAGAGAUGUAGAUAAGGCGAUUGAGAGGAAGAGGAAGAAGAUUGUUUCUAAGGAGAAGAAGGACUUGCCUUGGGUGAGACGGGAGAGGUGA